UUGUCAGAACAAUGAUUCGAACUGCUUGUGAUCCUACGAUUGAACGACAUUUUAAAGGUCAUAAAAAUGUUAUCACGAGUUUGUGUUUUCAUCCUGAGACAACUCAACUUAUAUCCAGUAGUUUGGAUAAAACUAUUAUGUUAUGGAACCUUAAGGAGUCUGUAAGGGCUUACAGAUUUUUAGGACAUAAGGAUGCUAUUCAUAGUGUCACCUACGCGCCAUCAGGUGAAGUCAUAGCAAGUGCCUCUGAAGAUAGAACUGUCAGAAUUUGGGUUCCAAAGGUAACAGGACAAUGUAUGGAUUUCAAAGCACAUUCAGGGGCUGUAAGAUCAGUAGAAUUUAGUCCUGAUGGAGAGAAGUUACUUACAGCAUCAGAUGAUAAAAGUAUUAAGUUAUGGUUUGUGCGUCAAAGAAGAUUUCUUAUGUCAUUUUUGAGUCAUACUAGCUGGGUCAGAUGUGCUAGAUUUUCUAAUGAUGGUAGACUUAUCAUUUCCUGUAGUGAUGACAAAACAAUAAAAUUAUGGGAUGUCACUAGUGGUCAAUGCGUCAAAACAUUAAAGGAUACAAAGGCUUAUAGUACGUGCGUGGAAUUUCAUCCAAGUGGUUCUGUAAUUGGCUGUGCAAAUAUGGCUGGUUGUGUAAAAUUAUAUGAUUUACGCUCUACUUCCUUGUGCCAACAAUAUAUAACUCAUGAAGGUCCUGUCAACAUGAUCAAAUUUCAUCCCAAAGGAAAUUUCAUGUUAACUGCUUCUACUGAUUCCACAAUGAAGGUUUUAGACUUAUUAGAAGGUCGCCCAAUUUAUACACUCAAAGGACAUGCAAGUGGUACAAGUGUAACGUCAAUAACAUUUUCCUCUAAUGGUGAAUUCUUUGCUUCUGGUGGAGCAGAUCGUCAAUUAUUGAUAUGGAAAUCUAACUUUGAUAAAGAUGAUAUUGCUUACAAAAGUACUCAGCAAUUAGUUUCAUCCAUUAAAGAAACAAAAUUCAAUAAUGAGGAUGAAAAACAGGAGUUAUUACGUGAUACCUUUAAUAAUGGAGUUUUACAAAAUAAUAGAUAUCAAUGCAAAUCACCUGAUCUUGGAAUUUUUGGAAAGAAUGUAGAACAGAAAACAAGCGACCUAAAGUCUUGGAAACUUUCUGAAGAGGAUUCUACUAUAAAUGUGCCACAUUUAUCUAAAAACUUCUCUGAUGCACAAGUCUCUACCCAUACAAGUAAUAUAGUAGAUGCGCUUAACGACCAAGUGCAGUCAUUACGCGAUACUGUUAUUAUUUUAGAACAACGUCUAACAGCAUUAGAGGAAAAAUUAAGAAAAUGAACUUUUUAUAUUUUACUUACACAAUUGCAUAAUUACUACAUUUCUUAUGUAAAUAGUACCUUUAAGGUUUUCAUAUAAAUUGCAGUUUAGAUUUUUCAGAAUACCAUUUCACUUCAAUAAAAGAAUAGUAAAACUUGGCUAUGUAACCUUAUGAAUAUUAUGGUUGCAUACUUACAUCCCACAAAUGGUAUCAAUGGUAUUAGUGACUUUGCCAUUAUUAUAAUAUUCAUCUGAAUAAAAAUUCAAUGAAUUACAAUGAAUUAAUAUUUGUGUAAAAUUAUAUAACAAACGAUUAAGGAAUGGAUUUAGUUAAUUUAUUAUAUAGAUAAUUAAUAUUUUUAUACAAUAUGUAGGAUGAAAACAGAUUUUUUUAUUAUAAUAGCCACGAAAGAUCAAAUAUUGUCCAUGCUAAGUAUUCGGUUUAACAUUGCAGAAUCCUUAGAAGGAUUAUUAAAUUUUAAGUGUCUUUUUAAUCAUUAUUCGAAGACUCACCAAAUUUUUCUGUACAAAGUAUGUUCAACUUAAUUCCAAAUACAAUUAUUUCUUUCAUUCUAACAAUUGACAUGCCUUCCCAGUUUUUUUAAUAACUUGCAAUAUUUCGUCAGAAGAAAGUGUAGACGUCACCAGUACUUUCUUAUCUGGCAAAUCGAUUUGUACAUUGUUGAUGCCUAAAAAAGAAUUUUGAAAUGAUAGUAUAAUAGAAAAUAUUAUUCAAACUGAGGUUUUUGUCUUUUUAAGAACUUACACAUACGGAUUAAUUACAUUCAGAUAAACAAAAGGAAAGCAAAUAAUUAUAUUUUACACUUAAUUGGAACAUAAAUUUGAAAAUAUAUUCCAUACCUUGCUUUUUAUUAAGUACAUUCGUUACAGCGUUAGCACAUCCUUCGCACGUCAUUUCUACGUGGAACGUAUAGGUCUACGAUCGAGAAAAGAAAUUUUAAUAUACAGUUUCUUGCCACAUUAUAUUAGGGGCUUAUUAUUACCUGUAAUGCCAUAAUGAUCACCGUAUGUGUAUACUUAUCGACUUGACGUGGCACUCUGAUAUUAUUCUAUGUAAUGUGACAAGUGUGAAAGAGUAAAUAUUUGUAAUUGAACCAUGAAUAAUUCUUAUCUUGUCUUCAAGAUGAUGGAGCGCAUUUAUUAAAUAGCCAAAGAAUAUUCUUCGAUUUAUACGUUUUUUCUUUUUAUAUCAGCAUAAGUAUGUAUAAGUGACUGGUAUUAUGAUCUUGAAACAUGUGUUCUACAAUUUUACGUAUGAACUAAGAGGUUAUUGUACGAAUGCGAUUACGCUAUCUUUGUAUCUUUGCAAAAUAAGAUAUUUCCCUAGAUAUUUGCAGAACUUUAGAGAAAUAAAAUAAUUGUAAUAGAACUACCAAUAAUUCAUUUCUUUAAUAUACAGUGUAUGAACUUUAUUCAAAUUAAUAAUUUAAAAAAAAAGUCCUACCGUCUAAAACACUGAGAUACAUUUUACGUUAAAUUUCUAAAAUGCGUAGUUGAAUCACACUAUUUAUAUAUUAAUGAUUUCACUAUGAAUAAAGUAAUAUGGCAAUUGUAUAAAAUAAUUAUGUUUUACUAUUACCUGCAGAAAAAAUGACAAAUUUUCGAUUCUAAUGCUUAUUCGACAGUAUCUGCUAUUUUUACGAAUGAUAUGAUAUUUUGUUAUUACUUGUAUAUUGUUAUACCGAUAUUAUUAUUACAUUUUUAAAUUUUUUCCUGUCUGGUUUUGCAC